AUGGAUAAUAAUAAAAAAAUUAGAGCAAUUAUUACUGGUGCAAGUGGAAUGAUUGGUGAAGGUGUUGUACAAAAUGCAAUUGAAAGUGAUGAAGUUGAAAAGAUAUUAAUUGUUGGUAGAAGAGAAUCUGGAUUUAAGAAUGAAAAAGUUAAAGAAAUUUUACAUAAUGAUUUUUUAGAUUUAACAAAUAUUCAAAAUGAAUUCAUUGGAUAUAAUUCAGUAUACUUUUGUGCUGGUGUUUCAUCAGUUGGAUUGAAUAGAGAAACUUAUGAAAAAUUAACAGUUGAUAUGCCAAUGGAAAUGUUAAAAAAAUUUGAAAUUGUAAAUAAUAUGAAAUCAAAGGAUGAUAAUGAUUGUACAUUCAUUUAUAUAACAUCGGCAUUAACAAAUUCCGAUUCUUGGUUAAUGUGGUCACAAGUUAAAGCAAAAGCAGAGAAUCAAAUUAUAUCUUCAAAUUUCAAUAAAACAUUUGCAUUCCGCCCAGCAUGGAUACAACCAAAUAUACCAGGUUUAAAAAAUGCAUAUAAAACCUAUAAAUACAUAAGUUGGAUGUAUCCAAUUGGCCGAUCAAUCACUCAAAAUGGAUUUGUUACUUUAAGAGAGUUAAGCAGAGCAAUGAUACAUGCUUCAAUAAAUGGUUAUAAUUCAAAUAUAAUUCAUGGUAGUGAUAUGGUUAAAUUAUCUCUAAUUAAAUAA